AUGGAGAGUGAAUUAUUGUUAUAAACUAAAAAAGAAAAUCAAAUAUAUAUAUAAAUAAAUAAAAAUAAGGGUCUCAUAAUUACUUAUAAAUAAUAAAAAUGCAAACUAUUUGAUGUUUAUGUUGAACUAAAGUGUAAGGAAACUGUUACCAAAAUUAAGUUUUCAUAGCUUCAAAAGAAUUAUAUUUUAAGAUAUUUAGGGAUGAAUCAAAAUGAAUAAAGAAUAAACAUUAAAAUACUUUUAAAAAAAUUAAACAUUGAGUUUUAUUCGAAUUAAUAAAGUUAAUAGCUAUUAGGCGGAGGAUGUGGAUAAUCUACCCCUGCAUAUGGACCUAAAGAAUAAAAAAUUUUGUAGGAAAAUUUUCAAAAUUAAACUAUUAGUUUAACAAAAGCUAAUAAAGAAUAAUAUUGUGAGGAUGAUAAUAAUAUCAUAUAAAGAAUUAAUGAUAUUGCUGAUAGAGAAUAGGAAUUAUAAAAAAUUUCUUAAUUGCAAUGUUUGCAAGAAUUUUAAUAGAUUUUAAUCAUACUUAGUAAAAUAAAAAAUAUUUAAAUUAUAUUAAAUUAAACUUAAAAUUAAAUGAUAGAAAUUAUUUAGAAAUUUAUUAGUCUCUACUUAGCGUUUUAACAUAAGAGUGAAAAAAGUGAAAGUUAAAAAAAUAUUAUUAAUAAUAAGUAAUUCAUUAAAAUAGUUAAAAGCUUAAUAACAAAAAUAAAAGACAUAUGUUCUACUGAGCCUUUUUUACAUAUUCUGUAUUAUUUUGAUUUGCUAAAAAAUAUUAUGCUUCAACAGUACAAUUAAACUGAAAGUGUUUUCUUAUAAAAUUACACUUAGGUGUUUCAGAAGGGGUUAUUUGGGAUUGUUUUUUUAGAAGAUUCUGAAAUUUUUUUAAAAGUAAUUGCUUAAGUUUAAGGUGAAUUUUUCAGUUCAAAUUCAAAAAACCUCUUAACAAAUAUUUUUGAAUUUAAAGAAGAAGUUUUACUUAAUUUGAUUAAGCAUAGUAGAGCAAAUUAAACAUUAUAGUUUUAACCACAUAUGAUUCUAGACUUUCAUAUAUUUAGCUACCAUAAAGUUUUUUAAGGUAAAAUAAUAUAAGAAAGCUCAUAAGAGUUAGUUUGUUAUGCUCUUUAGCAGAUUUACACUUUGGUAUAUUUAAUCAAAAACAUAGUAUUUGACAAUGGUAAAAAAUAUUCAAUUGACCAAUCUAAACACUUGAUUCCUUUUUUAGAGGAUUCUAAAUAUGGCGUUUUAAAAUUUACAAAAACUUGCUCUUUUGCUGAAAAAAUAGGCGUUGAUAUUAGGUCUUAUUUGACAUACUCUAAAAUUGUUAGAUAUUUUUGCACAAAAAUACUACUUCUGCUUGUAGAAAUAUUUGAAGAGCAGAAAAAAACCUCCCUAUAGAUUUAUGAUAAAAUAUGUGAUCAUCUCUAUAUCUUACUAUUUUUAGAAAAAUCUCCAUUUAUCAAUUCUUUACUCUAUAGCAACUAGUCCGCUAAAAAGAUAUUCCAAGAAAAAUCUUAAGAAAAUUAAAAGAAUUUAUCAAGUGAAAUUAUUAGCUUAAAUUAGAGGUAAUAAUAAAUUAAGCUAUAAGCAAGUGAAGAGUUAUAAAAACCUUAAAAAAGAAAAGUUUCCUCUAUUACUAUUCAAUAAUUAAAUUAAAUUGAUUCUUUGAAAAAUCUCAAAUAAGAAAAUUUUUCUCAAUUUUUACAAAGUAAAUUGAUUGAAAGUUGGAGAGAAAGCAUAAGAAGAAAGAGAUAAUAGGGAAUAAUAGAAAAAGAUGAUGAGUUAAUUGAGACUGUAGAAUAUUAUAUUGAAUAAGGGUUUAAAUAAUUUAAUUUAGAAGAAAUUAAUGAAUUUGAUACAGUAAAUACUAAUGAAAAUGUUCAAAAUGAUAAUAUAUUUUAAUUCAUCAUAGAUAAGAUUAAUUUAGACGAUCAAAAUAUUAAUUAAAAUUAUGCUAAACUUUUUGUUAUAGUUGGUGAAGAAGGUUUUGGUAAAUCCAUAUUGCUGAAAAAGAUAGAACUUUCUUUAAUUUAAAAUGAAUAAAAUACUUAACAUUUAGCAAUACCAAUUAUGAUUUCCUUUAGUGAUUUGAAAAAGAACUCUUUUUCUUUAGAAAAAACUAUCGAAGAGUGCACUUACUUUUUGUCAUCUACUAAUUUAUCAGUUGAAACUUUGAAAAAGAGUAACUAUUAGAAACUAAUUCUUUUAGAUGGCUUUUAAGAUGCUCAGGGAGUUUUUAAUAAUCUGUGGUAAGAUUUAAAUUUAAAUAGCUGGAAAAAUACUAAAAUAAUUUUAGCAUGUAGAGAUAAUGAUUAUCAUGCUAUUUACAACAAAAAUUAUCUUUUUAACGUACCUCAGGAAAAUAUUUAAAGUAUUGAAAAAAAUUAAAAAAAUGGAUAUCUUGUUUUAUUUUUAUAAUAAUUUAAUGAAUCUUAGAUACUAAGAUAUUUUAAAAAAUAUUUUUAUCUUAAUUAUGAUGUAAAAAAGAGCUUUAAGCUUCAGUAAAUUGCUGAGUAACUUUUUAAAAAACAAAAGGAAAUCUACCAAUUAAUUCAGAUUCCUAUUAAUUUAUAUUUUUACACACGUUUGAUAGGCCAAGAGAGUAAUGAUAAAGAUCUUUAACUGGAGAGAUUUUCUUCUAUAUAAAACUCAUUUUAACUUUAAGAAAAAUUUAUUUAUUUUAUUUUUGAAAGAUAAAUCUAGUAUUCUCAUUAGCUCCUCUUCUAAAAAUUGAAUAUUUCAAGUAAUUAGGAAAAAGAAUAAAUAAAAUCCCUAUUGAUAGAUCAAUAUUUCUAUUAUUUUGAAAAUGCUUCAUUAUAUUUGUUUAAUAAAAAACGAAGUUUUUAAGAGGAAGUGCCAUCAAAUUAUUCUUUGAAUGAAAUUCCUGUAAAAAUAUUAUCAGAUUUAAGUGAAUUCAUGAUAAAAAAACAAAGAGAUAAUCUUUUAUCAUAAAAAGAUGAGUUAAAAAAUUAAAAUGAGAGUAAUACUUGUCUUGAGGAAUAUGAAUUAAGUAAUUCUAUUAAAAAGUAUUUUGAAACAUCUUCUUUAUUAGAAAUAAAGCAAUAGUCUUACAAGAAAUUAUGGUGUUCUGAUUAUGAGUAGGUAAUUACAUUUGAAUUUAAGCAUUCCUCUAUUAUGGAGUUGUUUGUAGCUAGAGCUCUGAUUAGAGAUUUUAUUAACGAAACUAGCCUUUCUAUUAGAAAUCUUAAUUUAACCAAUCUAAAUAAUUUUGCAGUUAAUUCAAUAUACAUCAUAACUCCUCAUUCAUAGUAUGAAUAAGAUUAAUUAGGAUUUGGUAUUUUAAAUAAAUUUUGUUUACUUAUUAAAGAAGAAAUAAAAAAAGAGGAGUAAUUAAAUUAAAAUGUCAAAAAAACUUAAGAUUUAUUUAAUGAACCUCGAAAUAAUAAGUUUAUAGAGUAUAUUCAAAGGACCAGAGAUAGAGAUGUUAUGAAAAUGAAGUUAAAACAUUAAUUAGAUGUGGGUUCAUCCAAUUUACUCUCUGCUCUCUGUUAAUUAAAAUAUAACUUAUCUGGAGUAGAUUUAUCAUUUUGUAGUUUCUCCUGUGCCUAUCUAUUUGAUUAUAAAGGAAAAUCAUUAAAUUUUACAGGAAGCAAUCUUAGUUGUGCUAACAUUUCAAACUCUUCUAUUAAUUCAACAUUAUCAAGAACUGAAAACUGUAUUUUAUGGAAAGAAUUAGUUAUCUUUGACUCAUUUAAUCAAUUUUCCUUCUCUAAAAUAAAAUAUUUUCCUGACGAUAGUAAUAUUAUUUUAUGUGGUUCUAAUACUGGAUACAUUAACAUUUACUGCUUUGAUAAAAAUAAGAGAAUCCUUUUAACAAAUAGCAAUGUAAGGAGUAGAGAUAACUCUUAAGAUGCAAAAUAUUUAUCUCAAUAGAGUUUGCAGAAUUCACCAAAAUAAUAACGAGCUUAAACAGACAUGGUUCGAUCAAAAAGUAAAUCACCUAAAUAAAGAGCUUUAGAUUGCUAAAAAAGUUUAAAUUAUUUUAUCAGACCAGGAACGUCAUAGUCUGUUCGCUCAAACAUAGAAUAAGUUUAAAAUUAAUUAAAAUUAUCUUAAGUUUAAAUUAACAAUAGCUUAUAUAAUUCUAUUACAAACUUAUCUUAAGUUUCUUAAAAUGAUGAUUACUAAAUUAUUUCAUCUAAUUUUUAAGACUCCUAAUUGCUCAAAUCAAAAAAUUAUUUCAAAGGAGCUAUAAAUGAUAUUGAAGAUUAUUUUAAUACAAUUAUUGUUUCUCAAAAUUCAAAUGUUCUUUGCUUGCAUAGAGAUACUUUAGAUCUUCUGAGUAUGCUUUAAGCACAUGAUAUAGGAGAAAUUAGAAUAUCGUUGUGCAAAAGUAAACAUAUAUUAGCUACGAUUUCUUUGUUGGAAUCUACAUGUAAGAUAUGGUAGAUUAAUAAGCAAAAGGGGUUUCUUUUAAUUCAAAAAAUAGAUGAACAAUUAGAAUCAUGCAAACAUUUAAUGUCGGCUGUUAAGUUUUCAAGUGAUGGAAAAUAUUUAGCACUAGGAUGCACAGACACAUAUCUUAGAAUUUAUUGUUAAUCUUCAUCAAAUACAUUCGUCUUACUCUAGACAAUUAAAAGCUAUUGCCAAUCACCAAUAUCUCAUUUGGUUUUUUCUAGUAAUUCCCAGUAUUUAGCUCUAGGUGGAUAAUUAGAAGAAAAACAUUUGACUAUUUUUGAAUUAACAUUUGAAAAUUCUUUUUAUCCUAUUAAAGUUUCAUAAGAAAAAGAAAAUAGGUGUCUGUAGAUUGUUCAAUUCACUCCAAACUGUAGAUAUAUGGUAACAUCUUUUCAAAAAAAUGGAUUAUUGUAGCUAUGGCUGUUAAGCAAAAGUAAAGUAAUAUAUGUUGAUUGUAUUCAAGCAUUCUAGGAUGGCUGUAGCGUUUCAUCAAUUUCUUUCUAUUAUCAGCAAAAUUUAACUAUUGAUUCUGUGUUAGAAGAUGCUGGUAACACAUUGAUGUGUGUUGGCAGCAAUGAUAGUUAGAUACUUAAAACAUUUUGUAUCAGAGAUAAUAAAUUUAUAUUAAAAGAAUAGAAAAUAAUAGGUCAUGAAAAGAAGAUAGAAUAAAUUGCUUUGUCUAAGAGCUGUAUAGUUUCAAUAAGUAAUGAUAAAACAUGCAUAUUGUGGAAUUACAGUUAGUUUAAUUAGCAGUUUGAGUAGGUUUAAGUUUUACCAUAUUAGGUUCUUGAUGAACUUUCUAAAUUAGAAAUAUAGCAUGCAACUUUUUCACCUAAUAAUAAAUUUUUUGCAAUUACUACUAAAAAGAAAGGAAAGGAUGAUUCAUUUUGUUAAGUGUAUUUCUUAGAUGAUGAAGAUAAAAAUAUUUUAGAUAUAAAAAAAGAGAAUUUAUGUUUAAAAAUUCAAAGUAAAAACAUAAGCUGCAUUUGUUUCUCUCUUGAUACUCAGUUUUUAGCUUUAGCUGACUCAGAGCGCAGUUCUAUUAGUAUCUUCAGGUUAGAGACUAAAGAAAAAAUUUUUGAAAUACCUUUUGAUAAUAAAGGAUAAAAUGAUAUCAUUAACUCAAAUAUUAGCUAUAUGCAGUAUUCAAAAAACAAUAAAUACCUUUAUGCAGUUAUAUCAGAAGAUUCUAAAGUAUGCUACUUAUGGGAUGUAUCUUAAUAGUAUCAUGAAAUAGCUUCAAUUAAAUUAGGAAAAUCUAAUAACCGAAUUAUUGGCACAAAAAUAACUCCUGAUAAUAAUAUCCUUAGAAUAAUUACUAGUAGAGGCGAGUUAAGAUCUUUUAAUAUAUAAAAUAAUCUUGACAUAUUAUAAAAAUAAUAUUUUUAAUUGGAAGGGAGAUCUACAAUUAGUAACAGCAUUGAUUUUUAGUAUAUUUUUUCUAGUUUUUCACAAGAUUGCAACUAUGUGGCUAUUGGUACUAAAAAGCAAGUUGAGGUUUGGAGCUUAGAAUAAACUCAAUUAUAGUUAGUUCACGUUAUCAGUGAAAAUAUUUUACAACUACUUCAUGUUUAGUUUAUAUAAAAUUCACUUUAGUAAAUUUGUGUUGUAGACCAAGAAAAAAGAAUCAGAAUAUUUGACCUGUCUUAAGCUAUCAAAAAAUAAAAAUUUAACCCAUAAUAUAUAGGUCAUACAGCACCUAUAAUUUAGGUAGAAUACUCUCUUGGAACUUCAUAAUUUCUAUUAACUACUUCUAGCGAUAAUGUUUCAAAGCUUUGGAAUUCUCACAAAGGGUAUUAGCUUAUUUAAACUUUCUAAAAUACAAAAUAAAUUCAUAUUAAUUCAAGUGAAGAUAUUUUAGUAAUAGUUCCAUCUGAUCCAAUGAAAAAUGAAAUAUUAUUUUUAGACAUUUAAUAAAACUUUGAAAUUAUACAUACUUUAUAGAAUCCUAAAAAAAUUAGUAAAGUUUGCUUUUCUCCUAAUUUACAAGUAAUAGCUACUUGUUAGUAAGAUAGUGUGAAAUUACGGAAUUACAGUAGAGAAGAAAUAGUUUGCAUUUAAGAAUUAAAUUGUAUUGAUUUUGCAGAAAUUAUCAAAUUUUCUAUUGAUUCUGUUUAUAUUGCAGCUUCUUUUGGCAAUGGUUAGCUUUAAGUAUGGAAAAAAGAAAGAAAUUAAUAUUAAUUUAUAACAAACCUAACAUGCAAUUCGGAAGACAAAAAAUUUAUUAACGUCAAUUCAUUAGCCUUUUCGAAUAAUAAAAAAUUUUUAGCUGCAGCCUUCUCAAAUAAGAGGAUUAUAGUAUGGAGUAUUGAAAAAUAAAAUCUAUAAAUUAGAUUUGAAGAAAAUCUAGUUUAUGGAUCUGCUCUAAACAUUCUGUUUUCAAGUAAUAAUACUCAGCUAAUCAGUUAAGAUGAAGAUUACAGUAUUAAAGUUUGGGAUAUUAAAAAUGAUUAAUUUUCUAAACUAGAACAAAUUAAGCACAAUAACUAAACCCCUUACAACACGAACAAAAACUCAUUUAGUUCUUCUAUGGACUUCAAGUAUUUAGCCAUAGGAUACAAUAAUUCUAGUCUUGAAAUAUGGAACAUAGAAUAAGGAAUUAUUUAUUCAUUAAAGUAAAAAAAUACUUGCCUAGAAUAUGUCAUUUGA